AUGCAAACGACUCGUAGAGGAAAGGAGGGUAUCACUUUACAGUCUAGUUUGAAAGAGAUGAAACGACAGAAAGCUACCGUUCCUUGUUGCACACGUAGGAUGGAGACUAAAAAACAAGGUUCUUGGUCCCCCAGAAAAAUGAAAAGUGCAAUAAGGGACAUUCGUGGUGGAGCAAAGUUGAAGCCGACAGCUGCCUUGUAUGGUAUUCCUGUUAUGACAUUAUCUGAUUACUCAAAAAGGGGCAGCUAUGAUAUGAAUAAAACGGAUGGCAUAUAA